CCCCCCUACUCUUGCGCGAACCGCGAACAGCAAUGCUGACCAAAUUACAGAACGGUUAUGGGCCCGCAACAGAAUACUACCAAAAUGGACAAGUCAACAGUCUGCCGGUAAGUGGAGGAUGCUGCCAUUCGUUAAUAAAGUUGCUGAUCGAGAUAGAACGAGCAAGGCAUCUUUUCGCCGCCAACACCGAGAUCCACUGCCGAUGACGACUCCGUCCGAAGAACGUCUGGUGGAAGCGGACGUACAGUCGCACCGUCUAGCUCACCCCGAGGAAAGGAACAAAGCCCCCGACCGAAAGCGACGCCGAGAGCCAGGAAAGCGAAAGCAGGGAAGAGCGAGAAGCCAAAGACACCCAAGCUGACUGCGCCAUUGAGCAUUUUGACGAAGGAGUUGCAUCAUAUCAUAGUCAAGGACAUGGAAGCGUGGGUGAACAGGCCAGCCGACGUGAGGCGGAGAGAAGCUGAGAAGCGAAACGGAUACAUCACCCGACCCAUGAACUCGUUCAUGUUGUAUCGAUCCGCUUAUGCCGAAAGGGCCAAGUCUUGGUGUUUGCAGAACAACCACCAGGUCGUGUCGUCGGUUGCAGGCGAAAGCUGGCCCUUGGAGCCUCCAGAGAUACGAGACUUGUACACCGAAUACGCCAAGAUCGAGAGGAUCAAUCACCAGAACGCGCACCCAACAUACAAGUUCUCUCCUAGCAAGGCUGCUGCUCCAGCACGGAAGAGGAGAGGUGAGUGGUCGGAUGAUGAGGAACCAAGUGAUCUCGAAGAUGCAGAAUGGGCACCCGGCAGUGGCAGAUCUCGUUCCCGACAAGCAAGGAGAGUGGAUCGAUCACUCAGCUAUCCAUCGAACAAUAUAGGUGCCGAGUACUUCGACCGGUCGUUCGGACCAAACGGAAAUGGUAUGAACAAGUCUUCGUGGGAGAUAACGAACGAGGGAAGACCGAUGCCCAUGCCCAUGGGACACCACGACGUGUACAACCAGUACUACCAAACCGCUGCCUAUCCAAGCAUGGGCAUGAACCAAAACUUCGCAGACGAUAUGCGCAUGCGACGAGUAACCACGCCAGCCUCCUCUUUCCAAUUCCAGUCGAAUCAAGGACUCCUUGGCCUACCAGGAGGCAAUGCGGGCGACCUGAUGCAACAACUGCACUCUAAUACUGGGACACCUUUCGACGAAGGGCCACUCGACCCUAUGCUGUUGGCGUACGACGGUGGGAGCACUAGCGACAUUGAUCCGGCAGCGCUUCAGCACCACGGCUUCCGAAACGGUCAUCCAAACAUGGACGGCGAGAAGAUCGACCCAGACAGUCUCGACACCCUCUUGGAGCUUGGAAACCCACGUGACGAAUACCAUUCUGGGUCCUGGCAAUCUGACCCGAACAUGGCGUCGCUAGAAGAAGAGUCGGAGUUCGACCAGUGGAUGCAAGAACACUAGCCUGUUUCAAGUCAGCUCAUGUACAUUUGUUUGGAGCUUGAUUGUGGAGUUAAUUCGGUUUGUAGAUACCCAUGGACGAUGGUAGUUUUGGGCGGCCUCUCUGAUAAGGCGCGCUCCGAGAUGCAUCCAACAUAUUGUCACGGCGUUGUUUAGAUUAGAGGCUUACGAGCUUGUAUCGUGUCUCCGGCGUUAUUUGUUAUAGUCUAUGUAGAAUUUCAUCUUUCAAUAGAAUUCCAGUUUUUCUUGCAUUUGGGCUUGAAAGGUUGCUUGCUUGCAGUGUGACUGAGAAACCUUUCGUUAUGAUUAGAACGAGCCUUCAGCGCUUCUCGAGCACUACUCCAAUGCCUCAUAUUGCCAGAGAUCGAGACUGAGACCUGCGACGGUGAUUUGGGCAGCGUGAUUGGCUCGUGAACGAAUCGCGUUUGUGAAAGG